UGGGUACAUCAGCCUAUUGGUCGACUUUCUGCCCAGGGCCCGGGCAGUUACCCUGGACCCAGGCCAGGCAGAGUGGAGUGAUUGAAGGCCGGGCUCUGAGGAUGGCAGGCGGGGGCCGCAACCUGAGCACCAGGAUGGCCACAGAAGAGCAGAACAUAGAGGACGGGGUUAUCUAUGACCGUAUAUUCAGUCACUUCAAAAAACAUAAGGUGGAGAUUUCAUGUGCAAUCAGAAAGACAUUUCCAUUCCUUGAGUGCCUCCGUGACCAUGAAUUCAUCACAAAUAAAAUGUUUGAAGAUUCUCAAGAAUCUUGUAGAAACCUGGUCCCUAUACAAAGAGUGGCGUACAAUGUUCUCAAUGAGCUGGAGAAGAAUUUUAACCUACAAGUUCUGAAGAUAUUAUUCAGCGACGUCCACAUGAAGGAAUACCCUGAUUUAAUCCCCAUUUAUAAAAGCUUCAUAAAUGUGCUCCCAGACAAAUCGUAUUUACAAGAAAUUGAUGAAGAAGGGAGAGAGGAGGGGCCCAGCAGCCAACUAAGCCUUGAACAAGGAAAUGGUGAAAACUCUUUUCGAAGCCCACCUGGACCACGGUCAGAUUCCUACUUUUCCACUGGUACAACCCCACCUGAGAGCGGACUCUUGGAGCACCUCUGUGAAACAGAACAGGCAAACGCAAGGACAAACAUUACCAACAGAGACAAAAAUGAUGCAGUAGGAGGCCAACAAGCAAAUCAGCAAUGUGCCCAAAAGCCUGAGCCAGCAGGGCUAGAGCUACACAACCAAGGAAGCCAAAUGAAUUCCUGUUUUGUGCAUCUGGUGGAUAUAAAAAAGGAAGAGCCACCUUUUAACUCAGAAGAUGAGCAGCAAGCCCAAGCAAGGACUAACCAUAACCAGGCACCUGACAUAAUAGUUAUCAGCAGUGAGGACUCUGAAGAAUCCAAUGGUGGAGAUGAGCCCCUGGGAGCCCCCAUCUCACCACUGGAAAUGAUUAAUGUCUGUGAUUCUUCAAAAUCAAGCGAGACAGAGGAGAUCCAAGGAGCCACUUGCUCACAACCCCGGAUUGCACCAGGACAUGACCAUUACUUUUCAGAAUCCAGUGAGGAUGAGUCACCCCGGAAAGUCUGGAGCUCAGCACUGAGAAGUGAGCAUGGUGAGAAGGAUCCUGUGAAUGUUAGCUACACAUCUACUUGGAGGACACUCAAAAGGAAAUCACCACAUAGCUCUCAAAGUCCUCAAUGGUUAAAGUGCAUCAGCAGUAGUGACUCUUCAGAGCUGAGUCAUGGAGAAGACACUCAGGAAACCUGCAGCUCAGCUCUAAGAAGUGGGUCAGAUACCAUGGAUGCUGGAAACAAUUCUGCUUUGGAAAAACACAGUGGAAAAAGAAGGAGAAGGAGAGGUAGACCUAGAAUCAACUUUACUCUGAGUUACAGAGGCCGAAGGAAAAGACAUCAUCAACUAAGAGAGAGAAAAACUUCCAUCCCUAGACCUGUGAGGACAAGAAGAAGCAGAAAAGGCAGAAAAAGAGGUCCAAGAAUUCCCAGAGAUGAAAGUAUGAAUUUUCAACUUCCUGAACUUCCUGUGACCUGUGGUAACAUAAAGGGGACUCUAUAUAAGGAGAAAUUAAAAAAAGGGACCUCAGAGAAGUGUAUACAGAGUGAGACUGGAAGUUGGUUCACCCCCAGGGAAUUUGAAGUUGAAGGAGGCCUUGCACCAUCUAAGAACUGGAAGCUAAGUAUACGCUGCGGUGGAUUUCCCCUGAAACACCUGAUAGAGAAUGGACAUCUACCAAACACAUCAAGAACAGGAAAAAAGCAGAGAAUACUGAAGUCUCACAACAAUACCUUAAGUGACCCGUAUCCAGGAAACUCAAAUAUAUGUGGGGUGUGCAAAAGAGGGGGAAAGUUGUUCUGCUGUGACACCUGUCCAAGAUCCUUUCAUGAGAACUGCCACAUCCCACUGGUGGAAGCUGAGAGGGACCCAUGGAGUUGCAUCUUCUGUGAGAUAAAGGCUAUCCAGGAAAGGUGCCCAGAAAGCCAACCACGUCGUCAGGAAUCUGAGGUUCUGAUGAUGCAGAUGCUGCCUGAGGAACAGUUGAAAUGUGAGUUUCUCCUCUUGAAGGUCUAUUGUGAUUCAAAAAGCCUCUUUUUUGCCUCAGAACCAUAUUAUAGUAGACAGGGGUCUCAGGGCCCACAGAGGCCCAUGUGGUUAGACAAAGUCAAGGAAAGGCUGACUGAGAAGAAGUACCCCCAAGUGAAGGAGUUUGUGGGGGACGUGCGCCUCAUCUUUCAGAACCACAAGGUGUUUUACAGGGAAAAUAAAUUCAUCAAAUUGGGACUUCAAGUAGAGAAAAACUUUGAGAAGAAUUUCAAAACCAUUUUUGCAAUUCAGGAAACUAGCACGAACAAUUCUCCGUUUGAGCCCAUUAUUAUGUUCACUUAGCCCAUUUUUAUUUCCUCCCUGCGGACCCUCCAGCAGCGAGGUGCAAAGUGGGUGGAUGGGCCCCUCAACUCUGCACAUUCGUGUGCAAAUGGCAUAUCCUCUGCUUUUCCAAACUUAUUUCAUUGCCAUUCCUGUGCAUUUAUUUCCCUAAAUAAAAAUUAAAAUUGUUUUAUCAAA